AUGCUAGGAUGUAAGCCUGCAGAAACACCACUGGAGCCUAAUAUUCAUCUGAAGAGCAAGGAAGGAAAUCCAGUUGAUAAAGGCAACUAUCGAAGAUUAGUUGGUCGGUUGAUAUAUUUAUCUCAUACUCGACCUGACAUAGCAUUUGCCGUGAGCUUGGUCAGCCAAUAUAUGCAUGACCCUCACUCUUCUCAUUUGGAGGCUUCCUGUAGAAUCUCGAGGAGGUCUACAUCAGGGUAUUAUACCUUUGUUGGAGAAAACUUAGUCACUUGGAGGAGCAAGAAGCAAUCUGUUGUUGCUCGAUCAAGUGCUGAAGUUGAAUUCAGGGCCAUGGCACAUGGAGUUU